ACUAAAAUAAAGGGAAAAAAUUAUCGAAACAUAAAUUAAUUAAAAACAAUUGCUGCGAGGGUAGUUUCAACGUCAUGAAUUCAAAGUUGCGAAGUACUCAUUCCCACGUAAAUGAUCUAAACAAUGAUUGAUAACGGUUAAGUCUAUAAAACGAUAAAUUCCAAGCAUACAAGAUGACUAAAACAAUAUUUAGAGGAAAAGGUGGUAAUGUGGCCCCUGCAGAUAUAUUGGCCCCCUUCAAUAUUUUAAUGUUUGAACAACGCCAUCUAGUAUGUUUUAUGCGCGUUACGGGAUGCUCACGGCAUGAUACGUAUUUAGUACCUUACAAAUCCACCAGAGCCUGUCGCGUUCGAUUGUUAUUCGAAACAGUUGAAACUCGUUCCCGGUAAAACUUUAAACUACUGUUAUUUUAAUUAGGUAAUUGUUUAUAAAUAGAGUGUUUUGGCUAUUGCAUUCGGACAUUGGAUACGUUGAACUGUUCUUCUACGGGAAUUAAAAGGUAAAUACAAAAUUAGAUUUGUAAUAAUUAUUUUUGGUACGUUUGUUUAAAUAUUCUCAAUAGUUGUAAUUUGGCCCCUCAUGUUGGUUGUAUAAUGCUCCCGGGGGCGACAUUAUAUGUAAGAGUGAUUCAUAAUUUUCAUAUUUUUAUUUUUUGCUUUCAGAGCUAGACAAGGAAGAAACAAAAAAAAAUGUAAAUAUAAAAAUGUAUUCUAUGCCUAGAUCUACACUGAAACGGUUAGUAAAGGACCCUCAAGAAUCUUUAGAGUUGCUCGUACAUAAACCGAUAGGAAGGAAACCUGUACUUCCAGCUGAGAUGAAAAAAAAGUUAGUGGAGUAUAUCUUGUUCAUAGAGUCCAGGUACUAUGGGCUUACUAGAAUGGAUGUCCGGAAAAUGGCUUAUCAGUUAGCUGUUAAAAAUGGUAUUCUUAAUACAUUUAAGAAUGAAGCAGCAGGGUGUGCUUGGUGAGAUCAUUUUUUAAACCGACAUAAAGACACUUUAUCUUUACGCAGACCAGGAUUUUUAAUAUUGACCACAGGUGUUAUGUAAAAAAGGCAAAAAACAGAUAGGUGCCUUAACUCCUGCAGAACGAGGGUUAUUAUGUACUCUUGUUUGCUGCAUGAGCGCAUCGGCUAUAUUUGGGCCACCUAUGAUGAUUUUCCCCAGGAAAAACUUUAUAUAUUUUGAUGAAGGGAGCGCCAUCCGGUUCGAUAGGCAAAGUUCAUCCAUCUGGUUGGAUACAAUUCAAUUUGUUCACUGAAUGGUUUAAGCAUUUUAUUGAUAAAACAAAUCCCAGGGUCGAAUAUAUCCGAUAUUACUCAUCUUUGACGGCCAUUACAGUCACACACGCACAAGCUCCAGCCUCUGGACAAGACUUUUAUGGGUGCCCUAAAGAGUUAUUAUAGUGAGGAAAUUCGCAAGUUUACUUUUGCAGUCUGACAGAAUGCUAAAACCAUACAUCGCUAAGCUUUUUGGCAGAGCAUAUCUUAAGAGCACUACGGGAGAAAUCGCAUUAAAGGGUUUCCGUGCCACAGGCAUUUAUCCAUUUAAUCCUCAAGUUUUUACAGAAGUCGAUUAUUUAACGGAAGAAUCUAACAAUAAUCAAUUAUCUUCUACUCCUGAUAAUCAAGAUGCAGGCCCUGUAGCUAACCAGAGUGCCCCAGAGGAGAGUGUAGAGGCACAAGCACCGGAGCAUAGUUUGGUUCUACCAGAAAACAUUCAGCCAAUUUCUACGACCAAGACUAGGACUUCUAAUCGUGUAAGAAAGGCUACAACAGCAAAGCACAGAAUCGUGAACAUGAACGAGGAAGAGGCCGUGGACGCGGACGAGGACGUGGACACGAUGUCGAACGUAAUCACGACAGAAAAGGGUCCGGUAGGAAUGUCGUUCGAUGCCAGAGAGAAGCUACAUCCAGCAGUGGCUCUGAAAGUCACGAAGACGCAGUGAAUACCGAUUCCUGAAAACGCGAACGUGCCGUGUAUGUCCUGCCAAACGAUUUAUUGCAAUGACAGACCAGUGUCAAAGUUGCAAUUUAUGGGCUCAUGUGGAGGUUCUGAACGAUACUAUUAUAUUUGUGAUUUUUGCCGUUAAUUUUUAAUUGUGCAAUACAUUUAAUGUGACCCCCCAGGGGGUCACAUAACCAUCACUUGAUCUCGAGAUACCAAAUUUGAAUAACUUAACAAUAAAUAAUAUUUUUGCUAUCUUGUACGCGUUUCAUUUAUUUCAUAGUCAGGGAUGUAUGGACCAAUAAAUAAGAAGUCCUAUAAUGUGAGGUUUGUCACUCCUAUAUUUUUUAAAUAAAACUUAAAAAACAAAA